CUGGUCGGUUCGGCCCCGCCCCUCCCCGUGCGCGGACGUGCUGACGCGGCAGCAGCGACGCGCAGCAACAUGGCGGAGCGGCAGCGGUCGGUAUUGCGGGAAGGGGUGCGGAUCUUUACCCUCUGCCUGUGCUGGUACACGGUCAGCUCCGGCGGCAAUGUCAUCAACAAGAUGAUUUUGAACAACUUCCCGUACCCGGUCACCGUGUCGCUGUUCCAUAUCCUCGCCAUCUGCGUCUUCAUGCCACCGCUGAUUCGUGCCUGGAACAUCCCACCAGCCGCCGAGCUACCGCCUCGCUACUUCCUGCGUCUUGUGCUGCCGCUUGCCUUUGGCAAGUACUUCGCUUCGGUGUCGGCCCACAUCAGCAUUUGGAAGGUACCCGUGUCGUACGCGCAUACAGUUAAGGCUACCAUGCCUAUUUGGGUGGUGUUUCUGUCCCGUAUCAUCAUGAAGGAGAAGCAGACUAUGAAGGUCUACAUGUCGCUAAUCCCAAUCAUAUCUGGAGUUUUCUUGGCAACAGUGACUGAACUGUCCUUUGACAUUUGGGGACUAGUUAGUGCACUUGCUGCCACCCUCUGCUUUUCUCUUCAGAACAUCUUCUCUAAAAAGGUGCUGAGGGAUACACGGAUGCAUCACCUUCGACUUCUCUAUAUCCUUGGAUGCUAUGCUGUAAUCUUUAUGAUUCCAACUUGGAUCCUUGUCGAUCUCUCUGCAUUUUUUGUUAACAGCUCAGUUACAGAUAUCUCGCACUGGCAUUGGACACUCGUAUUACUGAUUGUCAGUGGUUUUUGUAAUUUUGCUCAGAACAUGGUUGCCUUCAGUAUCCUGAACCUCAUCAGCCCACUUAGCUACUCAGUGGCCAAUGCUACCAAGAGAAUCAUGGUGAUUACAGUGUCCCUACUCAUGCUGCAAAACCCAGUUACUGCCACCAAUAUCAUGGGGAUGAUGACUGCUAUUGUCGGGGUGUUUGCCUAUAACAAGGCUAAAUAUGAUGCCAAUCAAGAGGCCAAGAGGAAGUUGCUCCCAGUAACUUCAGGGGAUCUUAUUUCCCUUAAUCGGCAUCAAGAACUGUCUGCCGAACAGAAGGUGCAGCUGAAUGGGAUGGCACUGUACCCACAGCACUCUGAGUACCAGUAUGGACGGACUGGUCUGCUGGCAGAACAGUCACAGUACAACCGACAGAGCAACACUGGAGCCACCUAUGUGUCCAAUCGAUUCGAUAUCUAAGACUUGUGAAUGGAGGUGUCACUUCAUUCGUAACUUAUUCUGUGCACUGUUGGAAACCUUUGGUUAUCCGAUAGAUUUUAUCAAGAGAAGACUUUCUGGUAUUCAAGAGAAGACUGUAACUUGGAGUUGAUGAAGAUCUGUGUUAUAUUCUCUGCUAUUCUACUGUUUCUCCAGCAUUCACUCAGGCCAGAUAUCAUGGGGAUUAAGAGUAGGAUAGUUAGACCAGUGUGGAGUGAUUACUUCACAUUAAGAAGGGUUCUGCUUAGGUUGAUUCCCUGCCGCAAAGCCUAUUGAUUAGAUGUUGGAUUGGUAAUGAAAGAUUAAUGGCCCUGGCUAUCUAAUCCAUUGUAGUCUCUGCAUGACAGAAUUGUGUUUAAAUGCAAUACAGUUGACCAGAUCUUCAUCUAAUGAUGCUUCUGGGGUGUCUUUUUGUCAGUCAUAUUCCCUUUAUAUAGAUAAUGAUCUUCUGACUGUUGGUGAUUGGUGACUUGGCAAGUAUUGAUCAAUUAGUUACAGUAUCCUCCAUGCUGUAUGUAAAUAUAUGUGUGCUUUGGGAGGAGAGAAGGUAUGACAUCGAUUGUUCAGGUCUACCUCUGUAAUGUGCAUGCUAGCUCAAUACCCAGGCUGGUGUUUGUUAACAAUUGACACCCUGGUAACUAGACUUGAUUUGAUGAGCUGCUGGUACUUACAGUAUAGAUUAGUUGGAUUCUGAUCAUGCUAACUCUAAAUCAUAAUAAUCCACUUUAGCAUCCCGAGUUUAAGCAAGCAAGUUAAAUGAACAGACACACAUGGUGAUUGCACUGCAGAUCAUAUACUGUUGUCCUCCACAAUCAAGUCUAAACAGAUUAGCUGAGCUCUGAGUUAGAAAAUCAUGGGCUCAAGCCCACUUCAGAAAUUUGAGCAUAAAAUCUGAACUGCAAUUGGCUACAACGACAUGGGAGCUCAAGAACAUAAUUGUUUUUUUGCAAAGCCCUGUAAUUUUGAUUGCUGAAUGUAAGGAGAGAUUGGGAGAUCUAGGUCAAUGUUUCUCAACCAAAGUUAUCAAAACAGAUUUUUAUAACAACUGCUGUAUUUGUUAGGACAGCCCUUUGUGGGACCUUGCUGUGUAUGCAAGCUAAUUAUUGUGAUUCCUACAUCGCAACAAUAAAUAUGAACAGUUUUUUUGGGGGUUGGGAGAUUCGAAAAGGCACAAAGCACUGGGUGAAUGCAAAUUUUUUCUAUAUUCAGACAACCCAGUAAUUUGUAAUAUUUUAAAUUGUAGACAGUUGUGUCGGAAAAUGUUUACUUGUAUGGGUUAAAUGGUGAGGUGUCAGUCUAUAAUUGAUGCUGGCAGCCAGUGUUCAUAUAAAAAAAAAGGACAGACUCCAGGAUGGGAACAAAUCUCUUUAAAAUGUUGAAAAUUAGAUAGAAUAGGAUUUACAAGAGCAAUGGUGCGGAAGUAAGCUGCAAGUUAUUUUCAAUGUGUUUCUUCUUGUGAAUAGCAUACAUAGAACAAGAACCUGCCAUUUCUGUACAGAUGCAGACCUGCUCACUGUGUAUUUGCAGAAUUUUCUUAUUUUAAGCCUGUUUUGUGCUGUUUAUGUCCUCCUAAGAAUUGGGUUUUAUACACUAUUGAUCAUAAUCACCCACGAAUUGGUUCUAUGUCAGAGUUACAUGUCCUUAAAUAUUAAUCAAUUCUGUGUUGCUCUUUUGUAAAGCAAAAUCAUUAGUUAAGGUUAAAAAUAAUUUGGCAGUAACUAAAUAUGUAUCAGCUGGCUAAUUGCUGGUCUUGGAUUGACUUGUGUCAUGCAGCAGUUUGUUAUGCCCAAAGAGAGAGAUAAAUGCUUUAACAAAUGAUAAAUAGUCACAUCAGUACUACCAAAUAAAAGGGUAGUGCUUUCUGUACUUGUUCAUCAUACAAUCUUCUUGGUGCUUGUUUCUUCACUGGUUCAUGUUUUCUUUAGAUUUGAGAAUAGCUUCUGGGGCUCACAUUAUGUCUCUAUUUUUCUUUGACUGUUACUGUCUUCCUUCCUUUGUCUCUUUUGCAUAUUAAAUCAUCUUAUAAUUGAAAAUCAUUUGUUUACACUUCCCUGUUCCCCCGAUUACUGCCCAUCCUGAACAGAUUAAUGAAAAGAGCUAACAUUGGUAAUUGCAUUGUGUGUGCAGGUCCCAGGUUCAUUCCUUAAAGGGCAGGACCAUGCAAUAAUGUGUAACAAAAUUCUCAAUGUUAUAAAUGGAAGAGGUCCAGAGGUCUGUUUUUAUUUUUUAAGUUAUUAGUUAAAAUCCAGCUGGGUAACGUUUUGCAUUGUAUUCCACUUUUUGUGCCCUGAAGUUUUCAUGACUUCAGCAUUAGCAAGGAUGGUGAUAGCGCUCUGCAUCACCACAAUAAUUAAACCAAUUCCUAUUAUAACUUACUGAAUAUAAACUAUGGGGAACAUUUGAAAUUAAAAUGCCCUAUUUGUCUGUUUUACACAUCAUUCACUGAAACUCUUCCAGGUUGUCACUGAGAAUCUUAUUUUGCAGUACUUCUAAGAAGUAGAACUCAUUUUGGGAGUUCAUUGAAACAUUUUUAUUGAUAAUUCUCAUGCUGAAUUCCAUUGCUACAUCUAAUUUUCUGUCCUGUCUCACCAAGACCAUGCUUUUUGUUUAAACUAUGCAGCUUAUUCCUUGAAGGGGAAGAAGUUUAUUCCUCAAAUUGACUAAAUCCCAUUUCUUCAAAAAUAUUCAAGUAAUUGUAAAGUAUUUUGGAAAAUAUAUGGGACGCCGUUAUCUAAAAGGUACAUGCAUACUGCGGCUGCAGAAUAUUGUUAAUUGUUACAGUGUGUUUGACUUGGUUCUGAAGUGAUGUCCAUAUGUUCAACUACUUGCAGUUCUCAAUAGUGCAGCCUGUAUUGAAUGCUAAAGAAACAUUCAUUUGAUCCGAUAAAAUGACCUGUGUUACCAGUUUUAAAACAAAUACAUCUGAGUUUUAACACAAAAGCUUAACUCAGCUGUAAGGUUUAAAGAUGGAAUAAAAUGGUUUAAAGAUCUGCUCAGCUCCCACUGAUGGCUGCACUGCCAACUAUAAAGAUAGUGGCCAUCCAUAGUUCAUAUUCUGACAGUAGUUUAAUUUCAUCCACAUCUCCACAUUUUUUGUCUCUUUAAAGAACAUAAAACUGAUUUAUUUGGCUUUAAAUAGCCUUUUUAAUGUUGUGCAAUAUUUAUUUUAUAAAUACUGUAAACAUUUGAGAUUAAAUCUACCUCAGGGUUUAAUUGUGGGUAGUGCACUGGUUAUAUGCAGGUGUAAUUGAUAUUCUCAACAGUUGUGUCACUGAAAUAUGUGUAGAACUAAUUAGCUCAAAAAUUGGACAAAUUACUUCUCUUGGAAUGGAGUUUCACAUUUAAGAUAUGAAAAUUAUGAAAGUCAUAUAGGGAAUUGGGAUAUUUCUAAUUGAACUUGAAAGCAGUUGGUUUGUGAAGUUUCAUGUAGCCAGUCAAGUACAAAUAUUUUCUGAAGCUGGAUAAUGGAAGUUUAAUAAUCUUAAGAGGUGCAGGUGCAUGGGAUGAAGAAUUAACAAGUAUAGGAAAUUUAGAAAUUUGGGGAUCUUAGAGGCUAGAGGGAACAUAGGUUACUUGCUAACUUGGAGAGAAUAGAGCACAACAGAAUUUAAGGGUAUAUGAAUUUAGGUUAUGUAACAAGUUAAUUCCAAUAAACUUUGAAUCUGGUGUGAUGUUUAUGCAUUUUCUUGCUCUUAUCUGGAUAGUUACUUUUUAAUCAAAUAACAUUAACUGAAAAUUUGCUCCCCUUAGACAAGUCACCCAUCCUUUGUUUAAAAAGGAAAUCAUUAUAUUUGUUUUAAGGACAGUGUGUUGCUGUGCAAUUCAUUGCUGUUCAAAAUUUUACUUUUCUCCAUUAGUAUAAGCAAUGGUAAAAGUGUUUGUAUUCUCCUUUGUCACAGUGAAAAUUAUGCUUCAUAAUCUAAUGUGAAUUACAGAAUUAAGUGAAUUUUCUCCUGGACCUGGUUUAGACUCGCAGCAUUAAGCUAAUUUCUAAUGAAAUUAAAAUUAUUUUGGGGGGAAUUCGGUGAUUUGCUUGCUUGAUUUUCUAGCAGAGGUGUUGAUUAUACAUUAAAAUAAUUAUUCGUAACAAUAUAGGCAUCUGAUAUCAGAUCGGUACUACAAAAACAAAGUUUCCAAGGAUGCCAGAGUUUUUCUAACCAGCAAGUGUUUUUUUUCCUCUAGUGCAGAGGUCGGCAACCUGCGGCUCCAGAGCCACAUGCGGCUCUUUGAUCUCUGUGAUGCGGCUCCCCGUGGUUUGUUAGCUUUUGAAAUGUAAUUCGAAAUUUGAAGAUUAUGGUGAUCUUGUACAAUAUGAAAACUUUGCGGAGACACCGUUUCCUGGCACAUCCGAACCGGCUCACAAUUAGCCACCGUUCCGACUAAGGGAGAUAGCCUACGGGGGUUUGUGAGUACGUGUCUUUUGGAGCAUCCGCGCCCACGGGGACGGGUUGAGGGAGGCUUUAAAGCAAGGCUGUUUAGUUCGAAUAAAGUUACCUUUGACUGCAGUCUUUAUUUUAGCACUGCGUGUAGCGCUACACCGCUACAACGUGUUUUUUAUCGCUAUUAAUAUACAUCACCACUGCCAAUGCCUGACACCCGCCAGUGCGCGCUUUCUUUUAAUUCUUCGAUCCAAGGUAGGCUACCUAUGUAGUAACCUUCAACCCAACGUCUUUUUUUCGGAGUUCAAAAUGUUUUUGUUGCAUGCAGAAAUGUAAUUUCGUUUUCUCUGCAGGAGUUCAUCAAUUUCAAAAAUGCAACACAUUAUAGUUUGUUUAUACAUAGCAUAAAGGCAAAAAAAAACCCGUUGUAUGCAGUGUUAUUUCAUUUUGUGGCUCCCAGUGUUUUCUUUUCUGUGGGAAAUGGGUCCAUAUUGGCUCUUUUAGUGGUAAACGUUGCCGACCCCUGCUCUAGUGGAAUGUGUCUAUCUUCUGGCCAUAUUGUAUAUAUCUUCACUUCAACAUUUUGGUCCUUAAACUAACUGCCUUAAUUAGCAAACAAAGUAAGUACGGUUAGUAAUGAAGGUGUUGAAUGUCUUGCCCUGAAAGUGAAUUGACCUAGGAUUCAGUGAGAUAAUGUAUGAUUUAAUUCUCCACUGAAAACUGAUCACUAUCCCCCUCAUUACAUGCUGCAUGUCCAAAUGCAGCUCACCAGUGCAACCAAUCUGAAACUAAAUAUUUUGUUAUGAUAUUCCCCUUUUUAAUUUCAUGUUUAGCUUUCAAUCUUACUGUAAUAGAUGUAGUUUGUAUUAUUUUUGUGUGAUAAAGACAUUUAAGGCUCUAAAUAUUACUACAGAUUUCCCUACGCAGUGGUAUUGGUUUCUCAAGUUUAGUGGCUGGAAGCCCUUGAGAGUGAAGUGUGUGUAUAUGUGUGCCAAUGUUCACUAGUGUAUCAUGUCUGCCUACAGACUAUUUUUAAUUUAACAAGUGUUAAUGGAAGAAAAUGUGAUAAUUAAUAAAGUGAAAAGUGAAGUCA